AUGGCUGCUCUAGGGAUUUUACCACCAUUAAAAGAAAAAAAUAUUUUGGCUGGUUCAUCCUGGGAAACCAAUGAAAUCUUUUAUAAAAUCAGUGAAGAGUUGGAAGAUUUAAGAAUCGGUGAUACAGCAGAAUUUAGUGAAGAACUAAGAAGAAGAAUUCAAGAAGCGAAAACUAGCUGUGGCAACAAAUCAUUUGCUAAUAUUGAAGAAACAUCAGGUAAUACAGUUCAGGGCAUUGUUUACUACGGCUUAGCCGAGGAAGAUUAUGAUACACUAGAUAGAUAUGAAGGUGUUGGAGGAGGUCAUUAUAAAAGGAAAAUUGUCAAAAUUUCCGUGAAUGGCAAAACUGUCGAAGCAACCACUUAUAUUGCUGGAGAGAACGGAAAAAUUGAGUCAGUGGAACCUCAUAUAGUUCGCUCUAAUAGUAUUGAAGCCCUUUCAACUAAUAUGACUAAAAAUCGCUUAUUAAUAUUUGCGGCCUUGGUAGAAAAAAAGCCCGCCAAUUUAACCGAAUUAGCUCAUUUAUUACAAAAAGAUUAUACCUUGGUGCGACGAGAGACCCGUAUUUUAGAAGGAAUGGGGCUCAUUAAAUUAGAAAAAGUCAGUAAAGAAACUCCUAACCAGCAAGGCAGUAAAAUUAAAUUUAGCGAGGUUAAGCCCAUUGCUCUUUAUAAGCGAGUUAUUUUUGAUUUUCCUAUUUUGGAAAGGGUUCCGGUAGAAAAAACUGCCAUUGAUAAUCGAGAGAUUGGCUUAACUAAAUAUGAUUAUAAAUUUGCUGCUUAUCUAAAAAAAAACCGUUACACCCCAGAAAAUGCUUUUCAGGAAAAAAGAGGAGUAUGUAUUAGAAGAAAUGAAGGUAAUGAAUUAAAUAAUCAAGGCAAAACCAGAACCCAAAUCACUAAAUUAAAUAUUGGCAAUCUUCAUCUUAGUAAAAAACUGCAAGGCUCCUUAGAUUUAACUGAUUUUAUUAAUUUAAAAGGAUUAGAUUGUGGCAAUAACCAAUUAACUAACUUAGAUUUAAGCAAUUGUUCUCAGUUAACUAAUCUUAGUUGUUCUAGCAAUCCUCUCACUGGUUCCUUAGAUCAAUUAGUAUCUAAUCUAAAUCAGUUAAAAGCCCUGCAUAUUAGCAAUACUGAUUUUAACUCCGUAGACAUAACUAAAUUACCGAAGGGUUUAGAACAAAUUGGAUACUCUUCUAAUAGGCUAAGUUGUCAACUAAUUACUAUUGUUUCCUUAUUAGAAAAACAUUUUGGUGAAUAUGGCAUAAAGCAGUUAGAAAAUAAAUCGGUUAAAUCUAAUCUUUUUUCUUGGAUUGGUGAAGAAUAUUUUAACCAACCUCCAGAACUAAUUAAGAAGUUUAUUGAACAACAAAAACUAAGAAGUGGAUAUAAAGAAUGCAAAGACAGUAAUAACAAAGAUAGAACAAUAGUCCUCAAAUCCCUUACCAAUUCUCAAAACAUCACCCUGGAAUUCUUACAAGAAAUUGCUAAUACCAAAUUGGUCGAUAACAAAAGUAAUAUUGUUCCUUGUUAUGGAAUGUCCCAAGAUUCAGCAAAGAAUUAUGUAAUGGUGAUGCAAUUUAUCAAAGAUGGUAACCUCAGAGACUAUUUAAGGAACAAUUACCAAGAACUAAAUUUACAUAGUGGGAAUGUUUUAAACAUUAGUAGAUACGGUUACAUCACUGAUCUCGGUUUAAGUAGACCAGCUAACUCUCAAUCCAAUCCAGAUGAAAUCUUUGGUGUCUUGCCUUAUAUUGCCCCCGAAGUACUGCAAGGAGGCGAAUAUACUAAAGCCUCCGACAUUUACUCUCUUGGUAUAAUCAUGUAUGAGAUAUUUUCAGGAUUGCCUCCGCAUUAUGAUCAAGUGCAUGAUUUAGAUUUGGCUUUAAGAGUCUGUCUAGGACUAAGGCCCCGAUUCCAAAUUAAAAUACCAGUUUUGUUAGAAAAUUUAAUUAAUAACGAUAAAUCCACUUUUUUCACUCAACAACUCCAAGAAGCAGAAGAAUAUAAUAAAUCUUUACCAGAGUCAGUUAGAUUUCCUAACUAUGAACUUCACCCACAAACUUCUUAUUAUAGUAAACCGAUUAAUACCAAGCAAAUAGCUGAACAACUGCAACAAGUCAGUGGUAUUUUAGAUUUAACUAUCCCUAUCCAAGAAAUAAAUAUUUCAGAAGAACAGGAGCAACUCCAACCUCAAAUCCCUCCCAAAAAACCCGAAAUUCAACCUCAAGAAACUGAAGAAAUUUCUUCUCAAUCAGCCAAAAUUAAUGAACAAAUAAAAGAAAUAGAAACAGAACUAAAAACUCUCAAAGAACCUCUAGAAGAUGAAUUAACAGAAUUGGUAGAAAAAUUUAUUGAAACCAAAAAGAAAACAGUCAAAGACAAGAGUAAUAAGAAAGCUAAAAAAGAGAUUGAAGAAUUAUAUGAAGCAUUAGAAGAAAAGAGUUUUUCCGAAGAAAACAUAGAAAAAAUUAUUCGCUAUUGCGAAAGAUUAAUUGAUUUAGAGUGA